GUCAUCGCGACAUUUCUGCUCGUGUUUUGUUUAUUGAUAAUUUUUUUGUUUAAUAAAAGACAAAAUAAUUCUAAUUACUCUUUCCAGUCUAGUAAUAAACAUAUUGAUUUUGUGAACCACGCGGUACUAAGUUUGAAAUUGACACAAUGGAUAAAGAUCAACCGAAGGCUAUUGCUGCCAAAACUUUUGCAGAAAGACAAGCUGAGCGUAUGAAACGCCUAAAAUCUUUACAUUCAGCUCGAAAUGAAGCGAGGACAUUGAAUUAUAAGGAAGUCGUUGAAGAAGACGCCCGCAAUAAAUUGCCGAAAAAUUGGGAAGCCAGAAAACGUCAAGCAGAAUGGAUGUUAGCAGAUGAAGAAGCUAGAAAGCAAGCUGCUUCCAAUGGGGAGGAUUACGACAGAGUGAAAUUACUAAGUAUUUCGGCUACUGAUGCUGAAAUUCUUGAACGCAAGAAGAAAAAGAAAAAUCCAGAUGAAGGUUUUGCAGAUUAUGAACAGGCAACAGCACGACAAUAUAAUAGGCUUAUUAGAAAUAUGGGUCCCCGUGAUAUGGAGCGCUACAACGAACAAAAAGAAAAGUUAGGUGAUGCUUUUUAUGGGGGCCCGAAUACUAUUUUACAAGGGCUUCACAAGGACAGAAAAGAUGCUAUUGACAAUAUGGUUCAAGAUUUAGAGAAACAAAUUAGUAAGAGAGAGAAGUAUUCUAGAAGAAGAACACACAAUGAUGACGCUGAUAUUGACUAUAUCAAUGAAAGAAAUGCCAAAUUCAAUGAAAAAUUAAAUAGAUUUUAUGGUGAAUACACUGUCGAAACAAAGCAAAAUUUAGAAAGAGGUACUGCUGUAUAA